CGCUGCAGUUGUGGCUUCCUCAAAACUAGCUGCAUGGCUAAAUAUCUCAGAUAAUACAUUGUCAAACUUUGCCUUGGAGAGCGGACAAAUACAAAUUUACAGUUAAAGCUAAACCUCUCAUGCAGUUAUGUCGUGACUCCGGUGUCGGCAGUGACAGAGCUCAACGGUUAACGUUUUUAAAUCUUCGCAUCACUUAACACAAGUGUUUGGACUGAGCAGGAUACUAGCAUGUGUCGUUAGCAAACCACUGCAGGAAAGUAGUUCGUUUAGCUAGCUUAGACAGCCAGCCAACUGUUAUUAUGAGGCUUAAUUUUGCCUCUUUAUGUUCAUACUCGAUUUAAAUAACCUCUUCGAAAUGGACACCGAGGCAAUAGUGAUCCGUAUAAAGACGCCGUCAGGGGACAUGGACUCGUCCGUCGACUGUCCAGCUCUUCUGAACUUCAAUGACUUGCUGGUCGCAAUCAGAGAUGUCAUGCCUGAAGCCACUGUCACUGCCUUUGAAUAUGAGGAUGAAGUGGGAGACAGAAUCACUGUAAGAAGCGAUGAAGAACUCAAGGCCAUGUUGUCAUAUUACUGCAACACAAUGAACGAACAACGCAUGAAUGGACUGCUGCCCGACCCUCUCCAGAUUUUUCCAAGAGCCGGCAAGACUCCAGGGAUCCGGAACAUACAUGGCCUGAAGGUUAAUACAAGACCUAACCCAGCCAAUGACUGUACUCAUGCUGUUCCAGAUUCCAUGGCCAACAACAGCUUAAAAAAAUCAUCUGCUGAGCUGAAGAGGAUCUUGACAAAUGGCCAGAUAAAUGCCCAAGAUAUCCAUUAUCAAGAGCAGCUCGGCCAUGGAAACGGAGGCACAGUUUACAAAGCGUACCAUGUUCACGGCAAGCGGGUUUUAGCUGUCAAGGUCAUCCCACUGGAUAUCACGGUGGAAUUACAGAAGCAGAUCAUGUCAGAAUUAGAAAUUCUCUACAAGUGUGAUUCACCCUACAUCAUCACUUUCUUCAGUGCUUUUUUUGUUGAGAACAGGAUAUCCAUAUGCACAGAAUUUAUGGACGGUGGUUCUCUGGACGUGUACAAACGAAUUCCAGAGCAUGUGCUGGGGAGGAUCGCAGUGGCAGUAGUCAAAGGCCUGACAUAUCUGUGGAGCCUGAAGAUACUUCACAGAGAUGUCAAGCCUUCCAAUAUGCUGGUGAACACCCGAGGACAAGUCAAGCUCUGUGACUUUGGUGUCAGCACACAGUUGGUGAAUUCUAUUGCCAAAACGUACGUGGGAACCAACGCAUACAUGGCACCAGAAAGGAUAUCAGGAGAACAGUAUGGUAUUCACGCAGAUGUCUGGAGUGUGGGGAUCUCUUUCAUGGAGUUGGCGCUAGGUAUGUUCCCCUAUCCACAGAUUCAGAAAAACCAAGGAUCUUUAAUGCCUCUCCAGUUACUGCAAUGCAUCGUUGAUGAGGAUCCUCCAGUUCUUCCCGUCGACCAGUUCAGUGAAAAGUUUGUUCACUUCAUCACACAGUGUAUGCGACGACAACCCAAAGAGAGGCCUGCCCCGAAUAACCUCAUGGAUCAUUCCUUCAUCGUACAGUAUAAUGAUGGUAAUGCAGAGGUGGUGUCGAUGUGGGUUUGUCGCUGCUUGGAGGAGAGACGAGCUCAGGUGGCUCAGGGACACAUCUGACGUCCUCCUGCGCUCCGCCCAUCAUGGACCUGGACGUUUGAUCCCAAACCUUGAACACUUGUCAAAGUCUUCAGGAUCAAGUACGUCCAUACGCAUUGUACAAGUGACUUUAUGUACAAGGACAAAAAUCACUAGAUGUUAAAUACUUCAUGUGAGUAAUUCUUAAUUUAACAGCACUCUUGCGCCGUGACAAUGAGGAGCUCACAUCCUUUGAACUGAAUAUUACUGUCAGCAUCCAAAAAGUGCAGAGAGGUCUGUGCUUCUUCCUAAAGUAGGUCUCCAUCUGCAGCUUUGUCCCCCACGUGUAUACAGAAAUGCAUUGAGCAUCACGGUCUGAUGAAUGGAGAUAAAUGGUCCUGAUUUAAAGGACCGGUGACAAACAAACAACUUCAAAGCAUAAGACUGCAAUACGCUGGCAGAGUUGUGAUCUGUCUCUAGGAUGGCAUCUCGAAUAACCAUCUUGUGCUUUACUGUUGACAGCCCUCUAGUGAAUGUUAAGGUUUUUGCCUGUGAGUAACUGCCCAUGUGUGUGCCUGUUUUUCCACUGGUGUAAUUUAUUACCUCAGCAACUUACAUUGUCACUCUUAAUAGCAAGAUUUACCCCCCCCCCCCCCCCCCCCC